AUAGUUACAUAUUGAGAGCCACAGAAAGCCUAUUACCUAUCAACUGCUGCAGUUUGUGGCAGGUGCACACAGUGAGCAGCCUGUUGCUGAGGCCCCCCGAGAGGAAUCAAGACCAAAGAAUCAGCAUGACAGUAGGAUUUAGGCUUUGGAGCAAAUGAGAGGUAUUAAAUAGAGUGUCUUGAUUUGUUCCUGAGCUAUAAAGAUGUCCAAGAAGACAAUAAUUGUGGCGCUGGCGAUACUGCUGCUGGCCUCUGUCGCCACUUUUGUGGGUGUCUUCUUCGGUGUGGGGAGAAGGAAGCCUCCGAGUGAGCAGGUGUACUUGAAGGCAGCUGUGGCAGCAGAUGCUGGGCCUUGUUCAGAGGUCGGCAGAGACAUACUGGCGAAAGGGGGGUCUGCAGUUGAUGCCUCUAUAGCUGCUUUACUGUGUGUUGGCCUUAUGAACGCUCACAGUAUGGGCAUUGGAGGAGGACUUUUCUUCACCAUCUACAAUGCAACAACUGGGGCGGUUGAGACCAUUGAUGCCAGGGAGACGGCACCACGCAACGCAACAGAGAACAUGUUUGGGAACAGUACCGAUUUAUCCCAGAAAGGAGGGUUAUCUAUUGCUGUACCAGGUGAGAUUCGAGGUUACGAGAUGGCACACAGACGACAUGGCAAACUGCCUUGGAGAGACUUGUUCCAGCCGAGCAUUAAUCUUGCAGAAAAGGGUUUCCCUUUGGGCAGGGCACUUGCUACUGCUCUGUCCAGACACAAGAAAACCAUCAUCAAGGACCUAGCCCUAUGUGAAGUGUUUUGUGGGGAAAGUGGUGAUAUCCUUCAAGAAAAUGACACCAUCGUAUUUAGCAAGCUUGCAGUAACUUAUAGGAAAAUAGCCGAAGAAGGUCCUGAUGCUUUCUACCAAGGACAACUGGCGCAGAACCUUGUGACAGAUAUUCAGAAAGCAGGCGGUAUCAUCACAAUGGAGGAUCUGAAGGAUUAUGUGCCUGUCUUGGAUGAGAAGCCUUUAAGGGUGAAUGUGGGGGAGUACACCAUGGCUGUUCCCAAUGCCCCCGCUAGCGGCCCUGUGCUCUCGCUGAUAUUAAACAUCUUGAAUGGGUACAACUUCAACACAGAUAGUAUGACAAGCACUGAGAAAAAGAUCCUAACCUACCAUCGCAUCGUGGAGGCUUUUCGUUUUGCUUAUGCAAAGAGGACCUUACUUGGAGAUCCGAAGUUUCUCAACAUCACAGAUCUCAUCCAGAAUAUGACUUCAACUUUGUAUGCCAAUGACCUCCGUAAAAAGAUCACAGAUGAUACCACACAUCACAUGAACUACUAUGAGCCGGAGUUUUACCUGCCUGAAAACCACGGGACCGCACACCUCUCCGUAGUAGCAGAAGAUGGAAGCGCUGUGGCCGCCACCAGCACCAUCAACCAAUAUUUUGGCUCCAAAGUCAUGUCAGGAUCAACAGGGAUUCUUCUCAACAAUGAGAUGGACGACUUCAGCUCCCCGCUCAUCACAAACGGCUUUGGAGUACCUCCUUCACCGAACAACUUCAUCAGGCCAGGAAAAAGGCCAAUGUCUUCUAUGUGUCCAACCAUCCUCUUUGACAAAAACCACAAAGUUAAGAUGGUGGUCGGAGGCUCGGGAGGAACAAAAAUCACGACUUCUAUCGCUCAGGUGAUUCUGAAUGCACUGUUCUUCGACUACGAUCUGUAUAAAGCUGUAUCAGAUCCAAGGCUCCACAACCAGCUGAGUCCCAACACCACUGUAGCAGAGCCUGGUUUUGAAAAAGACGUCCUGGCUGGUUUGGCUUUAAAGAACCACGAGACAGAGUUCCUCAAGUCAACAGGAGCUGUAGUGCAGGCAGUGGUUCGGCACGAUGACGGACUCCACGCUCAGUCGGAUCCUCGCAAGUGGGCAUACGCCGCAGGGUACUGAGGUCAUAAAUACACCUCUGAUUAUGCAGAGAGACUGUAGGUGUGUGAACCUUGACACCAGUGGUAUGAGCUGAGAGAUUAGAGACUUAGUAAAGAACAAGGAAUUGUCUUGGCCAGCAAUUGUUUUUGAGUUAGAAAAAAAGUUCAUGGGAUGUGGCAAACAGAUAGAAAAGGCAGGAACAGGCUGCUGUUAAAAGAAAUGACUAUAACAGCUCAGGGACAAACAGUCCUACUUAAUAACUUACAGUAAUUUCACACAACCCAGAGUGCAUUGGCCUAUAAUGACCCCAUAACAACAUUACAGCUGUUGCUGAUCACUGUCACCACUGGGACUCAGGGCUUUUGUUUUCUCAGCUGGAAUGUAAAUGUGUUACAUAAUUACUGAAAUGUAUACAAUUGUAAAAUUAUAAUGCCUGUCAACUUUUCACUACAGAUGGUUAACAUUCACAACACUUACAUUAUUAGUUAUUGUAUAUGACAUAUUUAUUUGAGAAUAAAUUAAUGACAAUCUCGGUGAAUAGAUUAUUUAUUUGGUCAUUUCCUACAUUAAUGUUUUUAAUUGCUUUUAUCAAAUUGGUACAGUAGAUAUUGAAGAUAUUUUCUAUUUGUAUAUGUUCUUUUAAAGAAACACUUGAAAUGACUGUAAACUGUAAUUAUUAAAAGCACUCUUAAUGUAUAAAAGUCUUUUGGG